UCCGAUAUUGAAUGAUAAAAAAAAAUGUAAUUUGUUGCAAUUAUUUCUUUUAAUUUUUACUUUUUUUUCAUAUACUUGAAAAAAAUAUGUACUCGUGUUAGUAAUGAAAUCCAUAUUAUGUUAUAUUGUGUUACAGGUAUUUUAGAAAGCGUAUACCUAAACCUAAUGCGUGUUGGCGCCAGACGACAGGUUUUACGAAUUCAAUAAAUUCGAAUAGUAUUGUGUUGGAUGGACAAAACACCAAAAAUCGAGUAUAAUAUGUACCGAUUUUUCGUACGAGGGCACGUAGAAUGACCAUCCUAACAAUAAACUAUGUAUGCACAAAUAAAGAUUUCUCUUAUGGGUUUAUCGAUGAAUAACUGACGAUUUUACUGUCUCGCCAAAAAUCCAAGUGACUGAAUUUUAUAUAUUUCUACUUAACUGAGAUAUUUUCUUAACUUUUAAAAUAUACUCAUAUUAUUUAUAAAUUUUACCUUAAAUCAUUCUAAAAGAUGACUCUACUAUGAAUAUUCCUCAAAGUUAUUCAAAACCGUUUUUAUUCCACAUCAUAUUUACUUAUUGUAUAUAAUGUACAGAUUAUAAAUUCCCAAUUAACACCAUUAAUAAAAAAAAAAAAAGAAGAAAAGAUUUCUACUUAACUAGAAGUACUUUUUGUUUCAAAAUGUUUAUCCUGCAAAUAUGCAUACAACAUGCUGAAUUCGAAACCUUGAUAUUAUGAAAAUUUGACUCGUGGUGGUUAAACACAAUACCUUAUACAUACUUUAUAUAUAAUAUUAAGAAAUCAUAUCAUUUUGAAUCUUAACAUACAUCAUUCUAAAAUUACCUUAUAGUUUAUACCGAUCAAAUUUAUUUUAGUUAAACACAAACUGUAAAUGGAAAAAUAAUGUUGGAAUAAUUUACGUUUUGCAUAUUUUCAGAUAUCUAUUAAUUAAUAUUAGGUAGGUAUUUCAAUAGUUAGUGAGUUACAAAAAUCGUCGUAAGGCGAAUGUUAAGACCAAAACCAUGUACGCAGUUUUCAGACGGGUGAGUUCAGUUGGUUAAACAGUUGUAUCGGUCGACCGGUAGGUGCGCACCUGUAGUCCCUCCUUCUCAUAUAUUUAAUGUAACCGUUGUCCGACAGUGCUCCACCGUCACAGAAGUGGUUUGUAAAAGACUAGUUUCUGCAUUAGUGCAUUCCGAGUUCUGAUCAUCAUACUGCAACACCAUGAUGUCCAUAACAAAAAUCUUUAUUUUGUUCAUCGCAAUCGUUUUCAUCGGGGAAGUAGUUGACAUGCACCCCGAUAUAGAUCGUCCUGAUGUUCCCAUUAAGGAAUUGCCAGAAACGCAAUCCCUUCUGAAGCUGGCCGAUUCUGAUUACACCAACUUUGGCAUGUUGAGUGUGCUGUUACGGACAAGACUUAACUCGCUGCAAACAUCUUCGCCGAUCGAAACUACCACCGUCGAGACCGAGUCCAUUGCUAGCCAGCAUGCAGGCUGGAGAAAACGAGGACAAGUUAAAAUGAGAAGUGAAGAUGGUGGAUUCAAUUCAGUCGUUCCAAACACCAGUGUCAAAGCACCGUUAAAUAUGAAUAGCAGUGCCAUAAACUCCACCAUGUCCAAAACCACCAGGGUAAACAGAAUUCGACGCUUGGCAUCGGAUAACAAUACUACAGAAUCAGCAAACCCGACACCAACCAAUAAUGAGCCUAAAAUGAGUGCUCUUAAAUGCUUAGUGUCUCUUGCGUACCCAGUAUCCCUUCCACUGCAAUGUACACCAUUUUAUUUUGGUUUUUUAUUUAAUUAAAAAUACUCUUUAAGAUUAUUAUUACAAUUCUUAUAAAUUUAGCAUGCUUGGUAAUUUUAUUCAACAAAGUUUAAUUUUGUUACAAAUAUAAUAAAUUAUAUAACUAUUUUAGAAAAUCAAAAAAACAUAUAUAUUCAUAAUGAA